AGCUCAGUGUUGUAGGCUGGUUCUGGCCUUGACUGCAAGCCAACAUAAUAACUCGUAAGUUCUGCAUGAUCCAACCUGGGUUAUUCCAAGGCGGAGUAGUGUGGACAAAAGUGGUUAAAUUAUAUCUUCUUCUGACUGGUUUUGGCAGGUGAUACAGAAUGACAGGACGUGGCAAAGGCAAGACAAAGACCAAGAGUAAAAGCCGCUCUUCUCGGGCUGGGCUACAGUUCCCUGUUGGGCGUAUACACAGACUGCUGAAAAAGGGGAACUACGCAGAGAGGGUGGGUACGGGUGCCCCAGUCUACCUAGCUGCGGUCAUGGAGUACCUGGCAGCAGAGGUGCUGGAAUUAGCAGGCAAUGCUGCCAGGGACAACAAAAAACAGAGGAUCAUUCCUAGACAUUUGCAGCUGGCGAUUCGAAAUGACGAGGAGUUGAACCGACUGCUAUCGGGAGUGACCAUUGCUGAAGGUGGAGUUAUGCCCAACAUACAAGCUGCCUUACUGCCAAAGAAAACGACUGGCGGCAAGGGGAAAGGGUCCUCUCAGUCACAGGAGUUGUAACUCAUCAAGACAAACAGGGGAUUUGAAUCCUUAAUAGGACACAUGAAGCUGGUAGACCAGUCCAGAGACUCCAGACUAUUGAAUCAAAUUCAAUACUGUUGCCAUAAAUGCAGGACAAAUGAUAUAUAAAGCCUGAAUAUAAAGUAAAAACGCAUUCAAAUGAAGUAAACAGUGAUUCAGAUUGAGGUUAGACCCUUUUCUUAUUUGUAGUCUCUGACUUUUCAGCAAUGUGGUCUUUCAUAAUAAAUUUGAAAUCAUUGUGGUUUUGAUAA